AUGUCUACAAAAAUAAAAGAUUUAGCGGACAAAGUUCGAGGAUGGAAACUCGUCCAAAAGACCUUACCACGGAUCAUCGAAUAUGGUAGAGCCGAAGGAAUUCUUCAAACUGGCCCUCCACCCAGCUCCCUCAACAUCACGGGAGUCGUUUUGGCUGCUCAGGAAGAGGCUCAUACUCAGAAAGAAACGAAGACAGGUGACAAGGUGAAUCUACCGACGAAUGACAUCACAAUGAUGCACGAAGCCAUACCUUUUCUACCAGUUCCUGUAGCUUUACUAUGCUUUUUUAUGAAUUUUUUUCUUCCUGGCACAGGAACGAUUUUGUCCGGGUUUUCAGCAUUAUGCAUGGGUCAACCACGAGUUAAUCUAAAAGAAGGGCGGAAACUGGUUACUUUGGUAAGCGAUCUUAAUACUCAUCCCCUAAUUCGAUGA